UUAGCGGCAGUAGAUCGCUCCUUUCACGACUCCUCGCUUUUAGUCGAAGAAGUCCGUUUUUGAGCUGAAAACAUAGAUUUUUUGCGUGGAGAUGCCGCUGAUAGUGACGGACUACUCGUGGAUUCAGACGGACAGCACGGUGUUCAUCAGCGUGCCUUUAAAGGGGGCGCGAGCUGAGAGAGUGGACUUCCUGUCGACAGAAGAGUACCUGAAGGUGCAUUACCCCCCCUAUCUGUUUGAAGCCUUUCUGUCUGGACCUGUGGAUGAGGACAGAGGCACAGUGAAGGUUGGGAAUGGAGUGGCAGUCAUCACUCUGCCAAAACGUUCCAAUGCAUUCUGGGAGCAUCUGAUGAUAACUACAUAUGAUAAAGAAAAGAAGAAGGAGGUCCGAGAAAGGGCUCUAUUGAAACACCAGGAAAAGCUGCGUUCACAGUCCGGAUCAAAGGCUGAGAAACAGCGUGCAGAGAAGAAGUACGCCCUGGAGACAAUGAUGAAGCUUGAACAGGAGGAAAGAGACAGAAUCCUGAAGAGGAAGGAGGAUGAGCGAGAGCAAACCACAGCCGAGCUGGCAGCAUGGCAACUGAGACAGAGGGAAGCAGCAGAGGAAGAAGACAAACUAAAAGUCCAAGACCAGAGAGACCAUCAGAGCAAACUGAAAGAGAAGACAGAGAAGCAGGACAAAGGAUGCUGGGGUGGAGCAAAGUUCAAACUGGAUCAAAGAGGCAACAGUGAGGCAAAGAGCAAGAGGAAAGCAGUGCUGCUGCCUGCUCCGAGAUGCACAGGAAACAUUCAAGUUAAAUUUACCCCGCGGGUUUUCCCAACUGCUCUCCGGGAAUCAAGAGUGCCAGAGGAGGCGGAGUGGCUUCAAAAACAAGCCGAAGCUAGGCGUUCAGGAAAUGCAGAUGUUGAGGAGCUGAAGGACCUGAGGGAAGAGGAAAGGAACCCUGAGUGGCUGAAGGACAGAGGAGACAAACGCUUUGCUUCUGGAGACUACCUGGGUGCCGUGAACGCCUACAGCCUGGCCAUCAGGCUCAACAGGAAGAUCCCAGCUCUGCACUCCAACAGGGCGGCUUGUCAUCUGAAGUUAAAUAAUCUCCAUAAGGCCAUUGAGGAUGCUUCUCAGGCACUGGAUCUGCUGACUCCAGCAGUCGUUGCCAAUGCAGCAGCCAGAGCCAGAGCCAGCGCCCGCCGCGGAGCUGCUUUCUGUCAGCUGCAGCUCUACGCAGAAGGGCUACAGGACUACCAGGCCGCUCUGAAGAUCGACCCUCACAACGCAGCGCUGCAGGCAGACACCCAGAGGAUCAGAGACAUCCUCCAAGGCUCUGCAGCGGAGACGCAGUGAAGCACAGAGGAUGGGACUCUUUGUUAUUCGUGUGUUACCCAAUGGCUUUAUAAAUGAAAGGCUGCUGCAUAUUAAUCAGAAUGAAGAACAUGUGGUGAAUUGCUGGUGUGAAGACCGAUGCAUAGAGUAGGGUUCAGUGUGCAGAACAACAUUGUGUGGUCUAAUGCUG